AUGGCGCAAGCCAAUCCCUCUGCACCGAACGAGCCCUCCACAUCCUAUGUCGACCCCACGUUCUCACUAGUGAACACAUCGUGUCUCGAUCUCUUACUCAUAGAGCUUGUACCUAUGGCAUAUCGCAUAACAGCUGAUCUCGCCGCACGAGAAGAGGAGUGGAUUCAUGGAUCGUCGGCCACAAAGCCAAAACGAUUGUCGGGCACAAGCAACGACGCGUCAAGCACGGCAGCAGGCACAGCAAGAGGAACAGAUGGCGGGCCGGUGGGGGGAGGAGGCACUGCAACAGUGGACGAGGAAGAAGCAAGAGAAGCUGUUUUCCAUCGACUAGAGAACUUGGGGUACAGGGUCGGAUUGGGUGUGGUUGAACGAUUCUCCCGAGACGCACCUCGACCAACUACACCUCUCGACUGCAUCAAAUUUCUGUGCAAAGAUCUCUGGACGCUCCUCUUUAGAAAGCAGAUUGAUAACCUCAAAACCAAUCACCGUGGCAUCUACGUCCUCACGGACAAUACCUUCAAACCCCUCGGCCGCAUGUCGUUUGAUACAAAGAAAUAUGACGCCACCAUGCAAGCAGCACUAGUAGCACAAACAGGCGAUGUAGCGCUAGGUCGGGACGCGAAUAGCCAGGCCAGGGUUCAGCCAUUCCUGUACUUCCCAGCUGGUCUGAUAAGAGGCUGUCUUGCAAGCUUGGGCAUACAAGCGACAGUCACGGCAGAGAGUGCUGCGCUGCCCGGAGCUACGUUCCAGAUCCGGACUGCGGGAGCGAAGAGCUAA